AUGACAGAACUGAUUUUGCCAUUCGACAUAGCUCAUCGAGUUCUAUCUGGCACACUUAUUUCCAAAGAUGGCACAGCUUUAACAAAAAGGUCAAAAUCAAAUUGGUGGAGAAAAGUUUGCCUUCCCUCUGAAACAUCCAUCUCUCCUCAAUUGGCAAUUGUAAUUAAAAAUGUUGGAUAUGAUUUUCAAAGCUUUUGUGAGGAUUUAAAAGCUGAAUACCCAGGGGUUGAGAAGGUUGUUAGAUUGAGACACAAGGAUCAAUUUGAGACAAAAUUAGUUAAAGGUGAAUUAAACAAUCGUGAAACAAGAGAUAAAAUUCUGGAGCGUGGUAAAACUAACGUGAAUUAUAUAUCAUAUGAUGUUGAUGAAUAUAUUGGUUAA